AUGUCUUCCACACUUGCCAACCAGCUAAGCCUUCCUGAGGCGUUUGACGCCGCUGCGAAUGACUUUGCAAAGGCGAACUCUAAGAGCGGGGAGAUAAACAAAAAGUCGCUCGAUGCGGUCCCUGGAGGAACAACUCGAAAUGUCGUCUUCAUGAAGCCAUUUCCAGUGGUCAUGGCGUCAGGAGACGGGGCAUAUCUGACCGAUGUCGAUGGACACCGCUAUCUAGAUCUCUGUGGAGAAUACUCGGCUGGCAUGUUUGGCCAUUCGCACCCAGUCAUCAAGAAGGCAAUGCACGAUGCUAUUGACCAAGGUUUUGCGUUGGGAAGCGUAAACCAAUAUGAGGGGAAGCUAGGGCGGCUUGUCUGUGACCGUUUCCCCAGCAUUGAGAAAGUGCGCUUCUCGAACUCUGGUACGGAGGCUGUUACCACAUGUCUGGCUCUCAUCCGGGCCUAUCAGGCGAAGAGCACAUUCCUCGUCUUUCAGGGCGGUUAUCAUGGCGGCCUCGCCGCCUUUGCUUACCAGAAAGAGAACAAUAUGGCGCAGGCGGGAACACUUACAAUGAAUGUCCCGCACAAGUUCGUAGCCGCGCCUUACAAUGAUAUUGCGGCAAUGGAGGCGCUCGUGGAGGAGCACAAAGACGAUCUGGCCGCCAUUGUCAUGGAACUGGUGCAAGGCUCAUCUGGAUGCGUCCCGGCCGACCUUCCCUUCGUCAAAGCCUGCCGCGCCAAAGCAACCGAAGUCGGUGCAGUGCUGCUCUUCGAUGAAGUGAUGACCUCGCGCAUGUCUGUUGGAGGCUAUCAAUCGCUCCUAGGUGUUUACCCUGACAUGACUACACUUGGAAAAUAUCUGGCUGGAGGUGGCUGCAAUUUCGGGGCAUUUGGUGGCAAAAAAGAGAUUAUGGAUAUGCUUGAACCAGGAAAACCAGGAGGUGUAUAUCAUAGUGGGACGUAUAACAACAAUGUCGUGACGAUGUCCACAGCAAUCACUACUCUAGAGCAGGUAUGGACCUCGGAGGUCGCGCAAGAGCUCUGGGACAACGGCGUUUGGCUGCGAGAAGUACUCAACACACUAUCAGCGAAGAUGGGCUCGACGUUACAUGUCAGUGGAACAGGAAGCCUUAUGAAUGUUCAUUUCACAGUCAAAGAGGUGAAGAGUGCUGCUGAUGCGCAGGCUGGAGAUGCUGUACUCCGGGAGCUCUUCUUCCUUGAUAUGCUUAAGAAAGGAUUCUUCCUUGCUCGUAGAGGAAUGAUCGCGUUGAUGACUGUACAUACCAGAGAGCAGCUGUUGACUUUUAUCGAGGCUGUCAAAGAGUUCCUGGACGAGAGAAGAGUAUACGCAAGUCUUCCAAAUUAA